UUUCGUGACAUCACAAACUGGGGCAGGACAAGUCACGUGAUCGAUUCCCCUUUACCUGCAGCACCAGUGGCGGAAGACAGGUGAAACUAUCGGUAUCAGUGAACUUUGUAAGAAGAAAAACACGGUUUUAAAUUCACCUUGUGAGGCAAUGUAACUACUAUACCCAGUUCACUCAGCAGCUAGAACCAUCCCCAUGUCUUUUGGAAACGGGUCAGCAUCCCGCUUUGAUCGGGUCCGCGAUAUGCCUUACUACGAUGAGGUGCCCAUCGGCUCACUGCCGUGGGGUCAGCAAGCUCCUUACCCACUUGGUGGUGAAGUUCCAGCAUCCAGCUAUGACAGUUUACCACCACCGCCGCUGCCCGAAAACCCUCCUGUUGGGCCAGAUUUCUAUCCAAGCGAUGUUGAAAACCAGGUGGACGAUGCCAUGGACAUCAAACCUGUCCGACGCUUCAUUCCUGACUCUGUGAAGAACUUCUUCAGAGCCAGUGGCAACCGAGGCAGCAAGAAAUGGACAUUUCCACCACCACCACCUGAUGUGAACACCACCACCGAAGGCGUCCCGUGCUCUCCUCCACACUCACGUGCACCCUCACCGACAGCCCCAAGCUCUUACCUAGACCCUUAUGGAGGAUCUGGAGGCAGCUACAAUUCAAGGAAGGAGCAGGCGAUGUUAUUAGGUGAGCCGCUGGAAUCGGUUUCUGGACGUUCUUUGCAGACAGCCAUGACUUACAGCGAGAAGGUGGAGGAGUACAAUCAACGCUAUGCGUAUAUGAAGUCCUGGGCUGGACUUUUGCGCAUUUUGGGAUGCGCAGAGCUGCUUUUGGGAGCUGCUGUUUUUGCUUGCGUCUGUGCGUAUGUGCACAAGGACAAUGAGUGGUUUAAUAUGUUUGGUUACUCCAUGCAUCAGACGUAUGGUGGAAUGUAUGGAGGAGCAUCAAUGGGUGGAAUGUAUGGAGGAACUGGAGCUUCCUACUCAGGACCUUUGACUCCUUUUGUUAUUGUGGUGGCUGGAGUGGCCUGGAUAGUGACUGUCAUUCUAGUAGUGUUGGGAGUGACAAUGUAUUAUCGUACCAUUCUACUAGACUCCAGCUGGUGGCCAAUCACAGAGUGUGUGAUAAACUUGGCAUUAGCACUGCUCUAUUUGUCAGCUGCAAUCGUGUAUGUGCGAGACACAGUCCGUGGUGGUCUCUGCUAUUAUCCACAUUUCAACGCUGGGCCCAAUGCGGGAUUUUGCCGAACAGAGGCUGGGCAGAAUGCGGCCAUCAUCUUCCUCUUUGUCAACAUGCUGUUGUAUCUCGUGGGAGCAGGCGUGUGUCUGAAGCUAUGGAGGCAUGAAGCUGCAAGGAUGCGCAGAGAGAGAAUGGGUCAAGAUAUUAAAUCAGAAGGACUUCCGCUCAAUAUGAUUGGUGCCGGCUCAAGUGUCUCUGUGCCCAUUCAAACUGCUCCAGUAAUGACCAGUGCAGAAUCUUAUGAUGGCACACCUGUCAACCCAGUUAUGAUGGAACCGGAGAUCUUAAGGGGUCAUAUCCCUGCUGGCCACAUCCCCAAACCUGUGGUCAUUGCAGACUAUGUGGCAAAAUAUCCCACAAUCCGGUCUGAUGAGGAGAGGGAGCAAUACAAGGCUGUGUUUAAUGAUCAAUAUGCAGAAUAUAAAGAAUUGCAUGCUGAGGUUCAGGUCUUAACGCAGAAGUUUGAGGAAAUGGAUACUCUGAUGAGGAAUCUACCACAGCAGCCUUCCAGCCAAAUGGAGCAAGAGAGAAUCAAUAGCAUUAUUCAAGAGUAUAACAGAAAAAAGGCUGACCCGACGUACCAGGAGAAAAGGGAGCGGUGUGAAUAUCUGAAAAGCAAACUUGCACACAUAAAGCAGAAAAUUCAGGAGUAUGACAAAGUCAUGGACUGGAAUGACGGUUACAGCUAAACAGAACUUUGAUGUACUUUUCAAAUUCAUCAUGACCUUCACAAAGGUUCCCAGAAAAGCAGCAACUGUCUUAAAGAAAAAAAGACUGUACCUUCAAGAAUUAAUGGAGUGUUUGGUUUAUUCUUGGUUGGUGUUGAAAUAAUUUCACAUUCAGUUCAAUAGAGCAGGAAAGUAUAAUGAAGGACAUCUACCACUUCAAAACCAGCACUGAAAAUGUUACCUUCUCUCUGUUACUGACAUGUCAUAUAUAUACUUUUUAUUUAGAAAUAGAUCAUUUGAAGAAAAUCACUAGAAUCUUUAAGCUUCCUGUAGUUAAUUGGAGAAUAUAAUGUAAAUAGCUUUCAAAACUGUAUUCAAUAUUUGUUUGAAUGGCAGUAUCUCUGUGAUAGUCCUAGAAAGCUUGGUAAAUUUAUAGUCUUGCUAGUUUAAUUUUCAUUUUUUUGUGUAUUUUAUACAGUCGUUUGUGAGUUAUAUGUACUUUUUUUUCAAUGUCACUUGACCUUUAAAUUUCAUCAUUGAUAUUGGAAGUAGAUAACAUAAACAGGCCUGCCUCCACAUUUUACUGGCAAACAUUUCCUUUUUUGACAAAAUAAUGAACUAGUACUUAACACUUAGAUUAACAUACUGUAUCACCUCUCAUGUGUCUGUUUAUACUUAACACGCUACUACAUGGCUCAGAGCAUUGUGUGUAUAGGCCUGCUGUUAUAUAGUUGAAUUGUAGUAAAGUAAUUGCUUGACAGCUCUAAAGGUAUCAAGUUACAAACUACAGUGGACUCCAGGAAGAAAAGGUGCUCAUACACCUUUUUGUACAAACCUUAUGGCUCAUAAAUACUGAAUAUGGUGUGUAAUAAUCCAGAACAAUGCUGUUUUAAUUUUUGUUAUUGUUUUUAGAACAAUCUACAGUAAAUUGAAACCAUAAUUACAUUACACUUCUAAGACA